ACUUCUAAGUUUGUGGAUGAAACCUCGGUGUGUGACCAUGUAAAUGAAAGCUAUUGAGCAGUUCUUUUAUGUAGUACUGAUAAUUAUAGUGUAGACGCGUUGGUACCACCUUUAAAGGCUCUGGAUGAAACAUUCGUUUGAAGUCAGUGACGCGAGGAAAUUCAUGUGUCAGUAUGCUAGAUUUUGCUGUUAAACUAUGUUCCUAGUCUUUAAAUGAUACCCAAUUUGUGACAAUCCUUAUCAGUCUUAUCGUCUGCUGUUUAUUACAUUGUACAACGUCUACGUUUGUGGGCGAAACCAUUGAAACGAAAGCAUCGAGUUGUAUGUUUAAAUCUUUAAACAGGUUUGAACUUGUACAUCUUCGUAGUGAAAAUAUUAAUAUAGUGUACAAAUUUCAGCUGCUUUUGAAAGAGAAAUGGGCCACCCGCACUGACAAAUCUGUAUCGCACCCCAAAGGUUAUGAUAAUGAGUACGGAUUGUCCCAUAUCACACAGAUAUCACCCGAUGAUUAAUUUAGUAAAACGAACAUCUUUUAUCAGAUGUCGGCUAAUGAUUGCUUUGACGCGUAUCUGAGAGAUAACCAUUGUUGGGUCAAUUGCUAUUCAAACUCUUUCAAUGGAAAUUAAAUUCUCUGUGAAAUUGUUUACUUAAAGGCACCUCCAAUACAGCGAGCAUUAUCACGGCCUUUGUGCAAGAACUGUAGCGAUCAUAUUGCACGUGUAGCAAAAACUGUACUUCAACAACGUGAUUGUUAAUCUGUCGCAUUUCCACUUCAUCUUUAAGGUAACUAGGGCAGGUAUAGGCUGAUAUUGGGUUUUCUCUCGAAAACCCUUUCGUUAUUAAGAGGUAUUAAUUAUUGAUAAGAUAAAAUCUUGUAGUGAAAUGGUUGCCCGUGUUGACAGCUUAAUGGAAAUGUCCAAAAUCAAUCAAGCUCUUUGCAAACAGCUCGCGUUGUUGCUCUCACGGACCGCAUUUGACAGAACAAAAGAAACCUUUUCUGGCAUGCUGUUUAUGUACCGGGCACGACAACCAGAAAUCUAAACUUCGUCAAAGGGAAGAUUCUUCGUGGUUAAAGAAGAACCUUAUAACCCGGUAUCAAAUGAUUAGCGGUUUAAACAUUCACACUUUUGAAGUACUACAUAUUAAUAAACUGCGUAAGGUACGUGCAAAGUUUAGAGCCUGAGAGUCGCUUUAAUGGAUAUGAGUAAAUGUAAGCAAAGCUUAAAAGGAAAAUUGAGCCUUAUCUGAAAGAGGGCCGACUAAUCAAACACAGAUGCGAAAGCAACACUCUUUCAUGCCGCAAAACUGUUACUACUCCGAGGGACAAAUGGUUCAGGGAAAUUAAUAACAGCUUCUAACUGCGACCAGAUCUACUGAGCCAUGCAAUGCCUUUGAGGCUUUGUUUUCUAGCCAUCAGAGCGAAUUAGAAUCAGCUUAUGUAAUCCGUGUACUCAUCUGUUGCUAAUAAAAGCUGACAAGAAUAUGUAUUAUGUGUAAAUACACUUGAACUAAGUAAAAUUCUCUGAUCUCAAAUCAAUUUACCGAGAACUAUGCCACAUGAUAAACACUCGUAAUAACAACCAUACCGUAAAAUCAAGCCAUGGCUAAACAAGGCAGUGACCGGACCCAGAGUAUCAAGCAUCAAAGGCGCCCUAGUCCUCUUAAGCCCUACCUUGCAUUUUCAAUUGAUAGUAUUUUGGGAAGAAGAGACGAAGAUAAAACCGCGCUACAUCCAACGCAGGCGCCUCCAGAAAAGGAGGCGCGUACGAGACGAGAAAGCGAAGAGCAGCCUAAGCGGCCACCUACAGAGGACAAUAUGGACUUGACGAAGAUUCGCCAUCUACCUUGGUUGGCCUACACUCGUUAUUCACCGCCUAAACUUCCAAGGUCGAGAAGAAAGCUAAAGAACUGCAAACGGCGCUCAAGUGGAAGCCCUCGAGUACCCUUCUCCACUUCACAGCUGAUGACCUUGGAGCAAAAAUACACAGAAAACCACUAUCUUUCUGGUUCACAGGUUACUGAACUUGCAAGCAGCUUAAAUUUACCACAUCAACGAAUCAAGAUAUGGUUCCAAAAUCGACGCGCAAGGGAGAAACGGAGUCAGGAAGAAAAUUCCAUGGGCACUGCAACAAAGGACUACCCGCAUUUGCAGCAACAGGUUGGAUUUAAGCACGCUACAACUUGCUGUGUUCCUUUCUCUCUGAGAACAAAUUUGUCCAUGAACUUUUGUGGCUUAGGCAACUACUCGCCCUACAAAAUGUUCAGUACAUUUGUUGACGUUGACGGUUACGGCUGUGGUACAUUGGAAUUCUGAGUAACUUUUUGGUCCAAGUCAACACAAGCCUUCAAUGUUUUGAGGUUUUUUUUUUUUUAUCAAAGCAGAAUCAUAACUGACAAACAUUGAAACACCAGUUGUUAAUCCAACCUAUAGUUUAUUAUGUCUAUUUCAACAGGAUUAUAUUGUGGUUGAAAGAGAAGAAACGGGAUCCUUUUUAAGUUAUAAUAUGAAUCGGUUUUACCUAGACUUGAGUUUUUAUACAUGUACAGUGGUUCAUUACUUUGUCAGAGCACCACCCUACUGGUUGAUUGUAUCUUAAUUUUUGUGGUUGUUGCAGCAAAUGUGAUUAUCGAAAAGAUGUUUGGAAAUCGCUAGUUAAGAGAAUGCGCCGAUUCAGCUAUGAUGUCUCGGCGCCAAUACCUGAAUCAUUGACACUGUUAACUUAAGAAAACUACAAAAUUGACAGACGGCUUCAUGUGUGUGGUCUGUAAAUUGCAUUGUUAAACUUUGCAUGUUCUUUUGUUAUUGUCGUUGCUUUACUCCGAGGAGGUAACACCGUGUGUCUCCUUACUAAAAGAAAAAUAGGCGUUUCUGUCUGUCUGCCUGUACUGUCAAAACAAUCAUGUUAAAUUAUGACGUGAAAAAAGCUUGCUUUGUCUGCAUAAACCUAAAGUAAACUUCCAAUCCAAGGGGUGAAUGGUUUAGGCUUUAGGUCCGUUUGACGUCCGCCGUAUAUUUUUAAUUUUUUUGUGAUGCCAUAUGUUCGCAUGAGUAUGUCUUGAGUGAAAGGUAGCUGACAGCUCAAAUCCUCAUUCAUUUAGUAAAUGCAGGGGGUCAACUGCAGCUUAGGAUCUUUUCACUGACUUAAACCUCCCACUGCACCAUACCAUUCAAGAACUUGACACUUUACAUUCGAGAAUGGCCAAGUUCAAAAGUGUAAAAAAUUUCAAAUUUUGUUUAGCACAACAUUGAAUAAUAAACACCGCCAGAUGAGAGUAUCGAGCGUCAGCGCUUGUUUGAAUGGUCACACACUUGGGUUUCAUCCAUUCCUUCAAAAGCUAGCGCCUCAUUAAUGCUUAGAUUCUGUGUGUAAAGUGUUUCUUUUUCACGUUGUUGCCUGAAAUAAAUUUGUCAGUAAUCCACGCUUUCUACCUUGA